AUGACCAACCUCGACGACCGCUCCUUUGAUGAUUCCUCGUCGGCAUCGAGCCUGACGCCUAGCCAGUCGGUUAGUCAGACUUCUGGAUCGUUUAUGAACUUAUCACACGCCGGCCGCGACGCGCUUUCCAUCCUGCGACGAACUCGAAGCGUAAAGGACCAACUCGAGAUUGUCGACGAAGCAAACCUUCCCACCGAAGACAGUCAGUUGCCGAAGAUUUGGAUACAAAACAAGCCAUAUAUCAAUACAAAGUGGCUAUACAAGAAGCGAAAGAGGUGGUCAAAGGUGGAUGAGUACGGCGAGAGAUACGUUAAGCUCGACAGGGACGACAGCAGCCUUGGAGAGUACUGGCUUUGCGAUCCCUGUAUGCAAGAGGGCAGAACUUCGCUAUAUGCCACUACCAAUGGCGCUACAACGACUGUCAAACUACACCUUCAGAAGGACCACGGUUUGCUGAUCAGUAUCGGGAGCUCUGGAGGAGGCAGUGAAGCUGGCGAUUCGGAGCCUAGUCCUCGCCGUCAGAAGACUCUAGAAGAGAGUCUGAGGAGAACACUUGUGUCCAAAACAACAGGGCAGCUCUUUAGGAAUACGUUGCUCAGAUGGCUAGCUAGCGCAAAUAUUCCGUUCUCCGGCAUCGAACACCCUCUUUUUCGCCAGCUCCUCUGCCUAAUGGAUAAGGAUCUUCUACAGGAGGUCCUGCCUCAUAGCGGCGACACCGUCAGGGCGUGGAUGAAGGCCGAGUUCGAGGCUGAGAAAGAGCUCCUGAGAGCCGAGCUUGCGAGGUCUCCAUACAAGAAACACCUGACAUUUGAUCUCUGGACCUCUCCAAACCAAUACGCUCUCCUUGGCAUCACCGUCCACUUCGUCGAUCAAUCACAACAGCUGCAGUUUCGCCUCCUGGCGUUGAAACGCAUAUUUGGGAGCCACGGAGGUGAAAAUCUUGGUCUCGUCCUAGAGGGCGUAAUUGAGGAUUUUGCUCUUUCCGAGACUGUCGGUUACCUAACCGCUGAUAACGCGGAUUCGGGUGAUUCGGCCGUACGAGAGCUAUUUCAGGCCCUUUUUCCUGAAGACAACUCGAUCUCCGACCUUGCCCGCCAACGACGAAUUCGCUGCGUCAAUCACGGACUAAACCUGAGCGCGACCGGCUUCCUCGGCGGUACGUUUAAGGAGGCUAUCAAGAAGCUCCCUCCUGGAUCAGAAGAGCGCAAAUUCCUUCAAGAAGAGAACGACUUCCUCGAGCAUUGGCGUCAAUCGGGCCCCAUUCAGAAGCUUCACGACUUGAUGGGGUGGAUUAGAAGAGGCGCACAACGAAGGGAGCAGUUUCUUCAGUUCACACGCGGAGAGCUUACAGAAGAUGAGCUUCUCGAAUUCGGCCAGGUUCUAUGGGACACUCGUGAGUUUGGCGGCUUGAUGGUGAAGCAGGAUAAUGAUACUAGAUGGAAUUCGUUUUUCGAGUCUGCAAAGAGGGCGUUGCAACUCAAAGAUCCGGUUGAGAUUUUCCAGAGGAGGAUGGUCAACGAGAGGGACCCAAAGAAGCGCCUCCCUGAAGAAUAUCUUCUCAGAGACGAUGACUGGUCUUUCCUCGGUAUCGCCGUUGACGUACUUGAGCCGGUCUUUCGCCUCACAAAAAGAUUUAAGGAUAGGGCGCCUCGAAUCGCUGAGGUAGCAGCAUCUUUGCACUACCUACUCGAUCACUUUCGCCGGCAGCGGAGUAUUUACAUCGACAACAUCGCGAAUGCUACGAUGGACGGCCCUGACUUCGCUGGUACCUCAAUCUUUGUGGGCCAUCAGCUACCGGCGUUACAGCCGAUCGCGCCGCCGAACACUCAGUCAGAGAUCUUCUCUGACCGACCACAACGGCAGCGACGUGAGCCUGCGAGAUACAGAGACGGCGUAGACGGCGCAGACGACGCAGAAACUACGGGAAACUACAAUUCAGCUGAUUUUUCCGACCGGCAAAACCUUCGUGCGUUAAGGGCCAGUCUUGCUGUUGCCAUCUACAAGAUUGACAAAUACAUCGCCACUCUAGAGGACUCGCCUGCUUACUGGGCAGCGAUGAUCCUGCACCCUGGCCUCAAGAAGCGAUGGAUUGAGAAGCAGCUCUCCGAAGAACACGCUCAGCGUGUGAUUCAAGGCUUCAAGAAGUUCUUUGACGAAGAUUACAACAAGCACGGCUCUCCAGCCCCCCGGCGGACUAUCCAGACUCGGCCGAAUUACCUCAUCGACGAAGACUUCUACGACAAGCCUGAAGACCCCCUCCUAAAGGAUGAGCUUCUUGAGUACUUUUCUAUGCCGUUGUUACCUGUGGAGGAUCCUCUGGAAUGGUGGCGCCGGCACCAGACUUCAUUGCCAAAGCUGGCAAAAAUGGCAUUCGAUAUCCUCUCCAUACCCGCCACUUCUUGUGAGAUUGAAAGAUUAGUUAUUCAAAUCAAACUCAAACUCAAAUCAACUUUUACCCUGGGCUCUCAAAUCAAAUCAAAUUCGGGCCUGAUUUAA